CGCCGCCCACACCCGGGGCUGCUCUAGGCACCGAGAGUGGCAGCACUCAGCUCCGGUGCCACACAGUGGCAGAGGCAGGGAGACCCGGCUCCGCGGGAUGGCGGUGGCCCUGCGGGCUCCGGGCUGGGCACCGCGAUCGCUGCUCCUUCUGCUGCUGCUGCUGCUGGGGCGGUUGUCUCCAGGUAGGAGCGCGGUGGCUCCGGACCCCGCGGCUGUGGCGCGGGACAGCCUGCACCCGCCCUACUUCAACCUGGCCCAGGCGGCAAGGAUCCGGGCCACCGCCACCUGCGGGGAGCGGGGCCCCGGGGUCGCGAGGCCACGGCCGGAGCUCUACUGCAAGUUGGUGGGCGGUCCCACCGCUCAAGGCAGCGGCCACACCAUCCAGGGCCAGUUCUGUGACUAUUGCAAUUCUGAGGACCCCAGGAAAGCACAUCCAGCCACCCAUGCGAUUGAUGGAUCUGAACGUUGGUGGCAAAGCCCUCCUCUCUCCUCAGGCACACAGUACAACCAAGUCAACCUCACUUUGGAUCUGGGUCAGCUCUUCCAGGUGGCUUAUAUUUUAAUCAAAUUUGCAAAUUCUCCGCGCCCUGAUCUUUGGGUCUUGGAAAGAUCUGUAGACUUUGGAAGCACCUACUCACCAUGGCAGUAUUUUGCUCAUUCUAGAAGAGACUGUUUAGAACAAUUUGGGCAAGAAGCAAAUGUGGCCAUCACGCGGGAUGAUGAGGUACUCUGUAUUACCGAAUAUUCCCGUAUUGUACCUCUGGAAAAUGGCGAGGUUGUGGUGUCCUUGGUAAAUGGCCGUCCAGGUGCAAAAAAUUUUACUUUCUCUGACACCCUGAGGGAGUUUACCAAGGCAACAAACAUCCGCUUGCGCUUUCUUCGUACCAACACCCUCCUUGGGCAUCUCAUCUCCAAGGCACAGCGAGACCCCACCGUCACUCGGCGGUAUUAUUACAGCAUAAAAGACAUCAGCAUUGGUGGGCGCUGUGUUUGCAAUGGCCACGCUGACGUGUGCAAUGCUGACAAUCCUGAAAAACUGUUCCGAUGUGAAUGCCAACACCACACCUGUGGGGCAACAUGCAACAGCUGCUGUGUGGGCUACAAUCAGAGGCGCUGGCGACCAGCAACGUGGGAACAGCACAAUGAGUGUGAAGCCUGCAACUGCCAUGGGCACGCCACUGACUGUUACUAUGAUCCAGAUGUUGAGCAGCAACAGGCAAGCUUGAACAUCAAAGGCAUCUACAUAGGUGGUGGAGUCUGCAUCAAUUGCCAGCACAACACAGCUGGUGUGAACUGUGAAAAAUGUGCCAAGGGUUAUUAUCGCCCUUAUGGAGUUCCAGUCGAUGCCCCCCAUGGCUGCAUUCCUUGUAGCUGUGACCCUGAACGUGCAGAAGACUGUGAACAGGGCUCAGGCCGAUGUCACUGUAAGCCGAAUUUCCAAGGAGACAACUGUGCAGAGUGUGCAGAUGGAUACUAUAAUUUCCCAUUUUGCUUGAGAAUUCCCAUCUCUCCUGUUUAUACUCCAAGUCCAGAAGACCCAGUAGCCGGCAAUAUAAAAGGGUGUGACUGUGACUUGGAAGGUGUUCUCCCUGAAAUAUGUGAUCACUACGGACGGUGCCUGUGCCGCCCUGGAGUUGAGGGUCCCCGGUGUGACUCCUGCCGCCCAGACUCCUAUUCUUUCCCUAUAUGCCAAGCCUGCCAGUGUUCAGCUGCUGGAUCCUACCCAACACCCUGUGACCCAGUGACUGGCCAGUGUGAAUGCCUGCCCGGGGUAACGGGAAAGCAGUGUGAUAGGUGUCUCUCAGGAGCCUAUGACUUUCCCCACUGUCAAGGUUCCAGCAGUGUUUGUGACCCAGCUGGGACCGUUGACUCCAGCUUGGGCUAUUGCCAAUGCAAGCUUCAUGUUGAAAGUCCUGCUUGCAAUAUCUGCAAACCAUUAUAUUGGAAUCUGGUGCCGGAGAACCCCAGUGGAUGCUCAGAAUGCCAGUGCCAUGAGGCAGGGACACUGAGUGGAAUUGCAGAGUGCGGGCAGGAAGAUGGUGACUGCAGCUGCAAAGCUCGUGUGACUGGUGAUGCCUGUGACACCUGUGAAGAUGGAUACUUCGCUUUGGAGAAGAGCAGUUACUUUGGCUGUCAAGGAUGCCAGUGUGACAUUGGUGGGGCACUCACCUCCAUAUGCAGUGGGCCCUUGGGAGUAUGCCAAUGCCGAGAGCAUGUUGAGGGGAAGGGGUGCCAGAGGCCUGAAAAUAACUACUAUUUCCCGGAUUUGCAUCACAUGAAGUAUGAAGUUGAAGAUGGUGCUGCACCGAAUGGCAGAGACCUUCGAUUUGAAUUUGAUCCCCUGGUAUUUCCUGAGUUUAGCUGGAGAGGAUACACCCCGAUGACCUCAGUACAGAAUGAAGUAAGGAUAAUGUUGACUGUGGGCAAGUCAAACCUCUCCUUGUUCCGCAUUAUUCUGAGAUACAUUAACCCUGGAAUUGAAACAAUAUUUGGCCGUGUAACUAUUUAUCCAUCCUGGGCAAAGUCAGGUGCUGCUCAAACCAAAGAGAUCACUUUUCUACCCAGUAAGGAGCCAGCAUUUGUCACUGCCCCUGGAAAUGGCUUUGCAGACCCAUUCUCAAUGACACCAGGAACGUGGAUCGCUUGUAUUCAGGCAGAAGGAGUCCUCCUGGAUUACUUGGUGCUGCUACCCAGAGACUACUAUGAAGCACUCACGCUGCAGUUGCCCGUUACAGAGCCUUGUGCCCACGCAGGAUCUCCUCAGGACAAUUGCUUGCUUUACCAGCAUUUGCCAGUGACCAGAUUCUCCUGUACCCUGGCUUGUGAGGCCAGGCACUUCCUGCUUGAUGGGGAGCUGAGACCCUUGGCAGUGAGGCAGCCCACCCCUGCAUACCCAGCCAUGGUGGACCUCAGCGGGAGAGAGGUGGAACUGCAUCUGCAGCUGCACGUCCCCCAGAUCGGCCGCUAUGUAGUCAUGCUGGAGUAUGCCUCAGAAGCAGACCAGCUGUUUGUGGUGGAUGUGAAUGUGAUGAGCCCCGGGUCUGUCCUGGCAGGUCAGGUGAAUAUAUACAGCUGCAAAUACAGCAUUCUGUGCAGGAGUAUCGUGAUCGAUGGAUUGGGUCGUGUGGCUGUGUACGAACUCUUAGCAGAUGCAGAUGUUGAGCUCAAGGUGCACACGGCCCAGUUUCUUCUGCAUCAGAUUUGUAUCAUGCCUGUUGAAGAAUUCUCAGCUGAAUAUGUGAGACCUCAAGUGCACUGCAUUGCCAGCUAUGGGCCACUUGUUAAUCCAAGGGCCAUCUGUGUCUCCCUGGUCCAUGAAACUCCUCCAACAGCCUUAAUUUUGGAUGCCCCUAGUAGGGGGCCUUUUCCUCUCCUACCCCAGGAGCCUUCCCCGCCUGCAGAUGUGGUGAAUGGAGUUACUCUGAAGGCUCCACAGAGCCAGGAGACCCUACGAGGAUUCAUACCACACCCAGGCCGGUAUGUCUUGGUCAUCCAUUUUUAUCAAGCAGAGCACCCAACAUUCCCAGCGCAGGUGUUUGUGGCUGGAGGAAGAACACAGUCAGGGUCCUUCCGAGCUUCCUUUUGCCCCCAUGUUCUUGGCUGCCAGGACCAAGUGAUCUCUGAAGGCCAGGUUGAGUUUGACAUCUCGGAACCAGAGGUGGCCGUGACUGUGAAGGUUCCAGAAGGAAGGUCUUUAAUAUUGGUCCGGGUUCUGGUGGUGCCUGCAGAGAAUUAUGACUACCAAAUACUUCACAAAAAAUCAGUAGACAAGUCCUUCGAGUUUAUCACCAACUGUGGAGGAGACAGUUUUCAUAUUGAUCCCCAGGCAGCCUCUGGAUUCUGUAAGAAUUCUUCAAGGUCCCUGGUGGCCUUUUACCACAAUGGUGCCUUGCCUUGUGAGUGUCAUCCUGCUGGGGCCACCAGCCAUCACUGUAGCCCUGAGGGCGGGCAGUGCCCUUGCCUGCCCAACAUCAUCGGGAGGCAAUGCACACGCUGUGCAACAGGCCACUACGGAUUUCCACACUGCAAGCCAUGCCAUUGUGGUGGACGCCUUUGUGAGGAGGUGACAGGACAGUGUCUCUGCCCACCCCGUACCGUCAGGCCCCAAUGUGAAGUCUGUGAGAUGAAUUCCUUCAACUUCCACCCCCUGGCUGGCUGUGAAGCCUGCAAUUGUUCUAGGAGGGGCACCAUCGAGGCAGCCAUUCCUCAAUGUGACAGGGAGAGCGGGCAGUGCAGAUGCAAGCCCAGAAUCACAGGGCGACAGUGUGACAAGUGUGCUCCUGGAUUCUACCUGUUCCCUGAGUGUGUUCCCUGCAAUUGCAACAGAGCUGGUACUGAACCUGAAGUGUGUGACCCAGGGACCGGGACUUGCCUGUGCAAGGAAAACGUGGAAGGCCCAGAAUGUGACAUGUGUCAAGAAGGAUCAUUCUACUUGGACUCUGCCAAUCCGAAGGGUUGUACCAGAUGCUUCUGUUUUGGAGUGAAUACACGCUGUCACAGUACACACAAGCGAAGAGCUAAGUUUGUCGAUAUGAUGGGCUGGCGUCUGGAGACAGCAGAUGGAGUUGCUGUCCCGGUCUCCUUCAACCCAGGCAGCAACAGCAUGGUUGCAGACCUCCAGGAGCUGCCGUCAUCAGUCCAUAGUGCAUCCUGGGUGGCACCUCCAUCCUACCUGGGGGACAAGGUUUCCUCGUAUGGUGGCUAUGUCACCUACCAAGUCAAGUCCUUUGGUUUACCUAGAGAUAUGGUUCUUCUGGAAAAGCAACCGGAUGUGCAACUCACUGGUCAGCGCAUGUCCAUCAUCUAUAAGGAGCCCAGUAAUCCACAGCCAGAUCGGCUGCAUCAUGGGAGGGUGCAAGUGGUUGAGGGAAACUUUAAGCAUGCAGGCAGCAGUGCCCCAGUGUCCCGGGAAGAGCUGAUGAUCGUGCUGUCCAGACUGGAGGGGUUGCACAUCCGGGGCCUCCACUUCACAGAGACACAGAGGCUGACCCUGGGUGAGGUGGGGCUGGAGGAGGCCUCUGACACUGGAAGUGGACGCAGAGCUCAUCAGGUGGAGAUGUGUGCCUGUCCCCCUGACUACACAGGUGACUCAUGUCAGGAUUGUAGCCCUGGAUACUAUCGAGCUAACAGAGGCUUGCCUACUGGAAGGUGCAUUCCCUGUGAUUGCAAUGGACAUUCAAAUCGAUGCCAGGAUGGUUCGGGGAUAUGUAUUAACUGUCAGCACAACACUGCUGGGGAGCACUGUGAGCACUGCAAGGAGGGUCACUAUGGAAAUGCCAUCCAUGGGUCCUGUAGGGUCUGCCCCUGUCCUCAUACCAACAGUUUCGCCACUGGCUGUGCUGUGAACGGGGGAAACGUGAGGUGUGCCUGCAAACCUGGAUACACAGGAGCACAGUGUGAGAGGUGUGCACCAGGAUAUUUUGGGAAUCCCCAGAAAUUUGGAGGUAGCUGCCAACCAUGCAACUGUAACACCAAUGGCCAGUUGGGUACUUGUGACCCCCUAACUGGAGACUGUGUAAAUCAAGAACCCAAAGAUGGCAGCCCUGCAGAAGAAUGUGAUGAUUGCGACAGCUGUGUGAUGACACUCUUGAAUGAUUUGGCCACCAUGGGUGAGGAACUGCGCCUAAUGAAGACAAAGCUGGAGAGGCUGAGUGUGAACACUGGCGCUCUGCAACAGAUUCAGCACAUGGAGACCCAGGCCAAGGACCUGAGGAAUCAGUUGCUCAACUACCGAUCUGCCAUCUCAAGCCACGGAUCAAAAGUGGAUGGACUGGAAAAAGACCUGAGUCAUUUGAACCAUGAAUUCGAAACUUUGCAAGAAAAGGCUCAAAUAAAUUCCAGAAAAGCACAAACAUUAUAUAACAAUGUUGAUCGCACAAUCCAAAGUGCAAAAGAAUUGGACACAAAGAUUAAAACCGUCAUCCGGAAUGUGCACAUUCUCCUGAAGCAGAUCUCUAGGCCAGAUGGAGAAGGAAACGACUUGCCCUUGGGUGACUGGUCCAAGGAGCUGGCGGAAGCCCACCGCAUGAUAAGGGUGCUGCGGGACAGAGACUUCAGAAAGCAGCUGACAGAAGCAGAAGCUGCGAAAACAGAGGCCCAGCUCUUGCUGAACCGAAUUAGGACCUGGCUGGAGACCCACCAGGUAGAGAACAACGGACUAGUUAAGAAUAUUCGGGAUGCUUUAAAUGAUUAUGAAGCCAAACUUCAGCACCUGCGUGCUGCCCUCCAGGAGGCAGCUACUCAGACAAAGCAGGCCACUGGCCUCAACCAUGAAAAUGAGAGAGCCCUGGGUGCCAUUCAGAGACAAAUGAAAGAAAUGAAUUCCCUGAAGAAUGAUUUCACCAAGUACCUGGCAUCUGCAGACUCUUCCUUGCUGCAGACCAACAACCUGCUGCAGCAGAUGGACAAAAGCCAGAAGGAAUAUGAAAACUUGGCUGCUGCUUUAAAUGGAGCAAGACAGGAACUAAGUGACAAAGUACGAGAACUCUCCAAAUCUGCCGGCAAAACAGCCCUGGUGGUGGAGGCAGAGAAGCAUGCAAAGUCUUUACAGGAGCUUGCCAAGCAGCUGGAAGAGAUAAAGAGAAAUGCCAGCGGAGAUGAGCUGGUGCGCUGUGCUGUGGAUGCUGCCACCGCCUAUGAGAACAUCCUCAGUGCCAUCAAGGCUGCAGAGGAUGCAGCCAACAAGGCCACCAGUGCCUCUGAGUCUGCCCUCCAGACAGUGAUAAAGGAAGAUCUUCCUAGAAGAGCUAAGACCCUGAGCUCUGACAGUGAUGAACUGCUGAACGAAGCCAAGAUAACACAGAAGAAGCUACAGCAAGUAAAGAAACUAACCAGGAAAUUGCCUGAUCUGUUGAUCAAGAUUGAAAGUAUCAACCAACAACUCUUGCCCCUGGGAAAUAUCUCUGACAACGUGGACCGAAUACGAGAACUAAUUCAGCAGGCCAGAGAUGCCGCAAAUAAGGUCGCGGUUCCCAUGAGGUUCAAUGGUAAAUCUGGUGUUGAAGUCCGGUUGCCAAAUGAUCUGGAAGAUUUGAAAGGAUACACAUCUCUGUCUUUGUUUCUGCAAAGACCUAACUUAAGAGAGAAUGGGGGAACUGAGGACAUGUUUGUGAUGUACCUUGGAAAUAAGGAUGCUUCCAAGGACUACAUUGGCAUGGCAGUAGUAGAUGGUCAGCUCACAUGUGUUUACAACCUUGGAGAUCGUGAAGCCGAACUCCAGGUAGACCAGGUUCUGACUGAAAGUGAGACUCAGGAGGCCGUUAUGGACCGGGUGAAAUUCCAGAGAAUCUAUCAGUUUGCAAAGCUUAAUUACACUAAAGAAGCCACAUCCAAUAAACCCAAAGUCCCUCGAGUGUACGACAUGGAGGUUAGCAGUGGCAACACGCUCCUUAAUUUGGACCCCGAAAAUGUUGUAUUUUAUGUUGGAGGUUACCCACCUGAUUUUCAACUUCCCAACAGACUAAGAUUCCCUCCAUACAAAGGCUGUAUCGAGUUAGAUGACCUCAAUGAAAAUGUUCUGAGCUUGUACAACUUCAAAAAAACUUUCAAUCUCAACACAACCGAAGUGGAGCCUUGCAGAAGGAGAAAGGAAGAGUCAGACAAAAAUUACUUUGAAGGUACAGGCUACGCUCGUGUUCCGACUCAACCAAAUGCUCCCUUCCCGACCUUUGGCCAGACCAUCCAGACCACCGUGGGCAGAGGUUUGCUGUUCUUUGCAGAAAACCAGGAUCAUUUCAUAUCGCUGAAUCUAGAAGAUGGCAAUCUUAUGGUGAGAUACAAACUAAAUUCAGAGCCACCCAAAGAGAAAGGCAUUCGAGACACCAUCAACAAUGGGAAAGAUCAUUCGAUUUUGAUCAAAAUUGGAAAAGUCCAAAAACUCUUGCGGAUCACUGUGAAUGGCCAAAGCAUUGAAAUUGAAGGGGAGAUAUUUGAUUUCAGCACGUAUUAUCUGGGAGGAAUUCCGAUUGCAAUCAGAGAAAAGUUUAACAUUUCUACACCUGCUUUCCGAGGCUGCAUGAAAAAUCUGAAGAAAACCAGUGGGGUCGUCAGACUGAAUGACACUGUGGGAGUCACCAAAAAGUGUUCUGAAGACUGGAAGCUGGUGCGAUCUGCUUCAUUCUCCAGAGGAGGCCAGAUGAGUUUCACUAACUUGGAUGUGCCCUUGCCUGACCACUUCCAGGUCUCCUUUGGGUUUCAGACCUUUCAACCCAGUGGCGUAUUACUAAAUCAUCAGACACGGACUAGUAGCCUGCAGGUCACUCUGGAAGAUGGUCACAUUGAAUUGAGCACCAGGGACAGCGGCAGCCGGAUUUUCAGAUCUCCACAGACCUACAUGGAUGGCUUACUUCAUCAUGUAUCUGUAAUAAGUGACACCUCAGGCCUCCGGCUUCUCAUUGAUGACCAGAUUCUGAGAAGGAACCAAGGGCUUCCAGGCUUUUCAAAUGCCCAGCAAUCUCUCCGCCUGGGAGGCAGUUACUUUGAGGGUUGUAUCAGCAACGUUUUUGUCCAAAGGUUGUCACAGAGUCCUGAAGUCCUAGAUUUGACCAGUAGAUCCACCAAGAGAGAUACAUCCCUGGGAGGCUGCAGUUUAAACAAGCCACCAUUUCUAAUGCUGCUUAAAGGUUCCACGAGAUUUAACAAGGGCAGGACUUUCAAUGUCAACCAGCUGUUGCAGGAUGCACCCAAGGUGUCCCCAAGGAGCAUGGAGGCAUGGCAAGAUGGGAAGUCCUGCCUGCCACCUCUCAGCGCACAGGCCACUCACAGAGCCCAUCAGUUUGGGGACAGUCCCACCAGCCACUUGCUCUUCAAGCUUCCUCAGGAGAUGGUGAAACCCAGGUCACAGUUUGCUGUAGACAUACGGACAACAUCCUCCAGAGGGCUGGUGUUUUACACGGCCACCAAGACCUCCUUCAUGGCUCUUUAUCUCUCAAAAGGACAUGUUGUCUUUGCUUUGGGGGCAGAAGGGAAGAAACUGAGGUUGAGGAGUAAGGCGAAAUACAACGAUGGGAGGUGGCACACGGUAGCGUUUGGGCAAGAUGGAAAAAAGGCACGCUUGGUUGUGGAUGGGCUGAGGGCCCAGGAGGGCAGUUUGCCUGGAAAUUCCACCAUCAGCACCAGAGCACAGCUGUACCUGGGGUCAUCGCUGUUAGCAAAGCCGAAGAGCCUCCCCAAACACAGCUUUGUGGGAUGUCUGAAGAACUUCCAGUUGGAUUUAAAGCCCUUGGAUUCCCCCUCUGCAAGCUUUGGGGUGUCCCCCUGCUCAGGAAGCUCUUUGGAGAGAGGCCUUUAUUUCUCCCAAGGAGGAGGUCAUGUGGUCCUGGCCAAUUCUGUGUCACUGGGGCCAGAGUUUAAGCUCAUUUUCAGCAUUCGUCCGAGAAGUCUCACUGGAAUCUUAAUACAUAUUGGAAGUCAACCUGGACAACACUUGAGCGUUUAUAUGGAGUCAGGAAAGGUCACAGCUUCUGUGGACGGUGAGGCUGGUGGGACCUUGACAUCAAUCACACCAAAACAGUCUCUGUGCGAUGGACAGUGGCACUCAGUGGCAGUCUCUAUCAAACAGCACAUCUUACACCUGGAACUGGACAGUGACAACAGUUACACAGCCGGACAGUUCUCCUUCCCAGCUAACAGCACCCCAGGGUCACUACACAUUGGCGGUGUCCCAGCCAACUUGAAGAUGCUGACACUCCCUGUAUGGAAAUCAUUCUUUGGCUGUCUGAAAAAUAUUCAAGUCAACCACAUCACUGUCCCUGUCACGGAAGCCAUGGAAGUUCAGGGGUCUGUCAGCCUGAAUGGUUGCCCUGACCACUAACCUUGAGCUGUCACACAGCAAGGGAAUUCACCUUUUUGAGUACUGAGGACCCAACAAGCCCCCCUCCCCAACUCAAGGUCAUCAAGACACCAUAAGCACACAUCUAACAGCAAAUCUCAUUUUGGAUUCCUGUCACACAGACCCAUCAUUUUGGCACUCAGUGCUACACAUGUAUUUUUUAUAAAAACUCCAUUUCUUGAAGAAAAUGCACAAAUUGUUAUUCAAACAUGCACAUAAUGCUUUAGGUAAUAUUAUUUUCCACUAAAAAUUAAAUGUCUUUUAGAGAACAUUAUUUCCACUUGCUAAAAAUAAAUCUCAUUUAGAGCACUUUAAGAAUACAAAACUUUAAAAAUCUGUUAAAUUUUUAUAAUUUGUGGGGUUAAAUAAAUGCAGUGCACUCUUAAAAUUAUGGUGUUCUAUGAGCGAGAAAGACCAGAGUUUGG